AUGCGGACGGAACACCCUUUCUCCUCGAACCCUCAAACUCAAUCAGAAUCUCCAGCCAUGUCGAAACAUACCAUCACCCCAAUCGACAAGAACUGGACUUUCAAGCAAGGCGACAACAAAGACUCCAAGUUCCUCCCAGUCGCCCAAUUCCCUACCAAUGUCCACUUGGACCUCAUUGCCAACAAUAUAAUCGCUGAUCCAUUUAUGGGGAAGAAUGAGAACGAUGUACAAUGGAUAGGCGAAGUACCCUGGAUCUACAAAACCACAUUCCCAUCUCCGUCGCUAUCUGACAAAGAGCGGGCAACUGUCAAGGCAGUUAUUGCAUUCGAUGGACUGGAUACAUAUGCGACGGUUGUUCUGAACGGCAAGGAGAUUCUCAAGACGGAAAGCAUGUUCAUUCCUGAACGGGUGGAUGUGACGACGUUCUUGAAGAAAGAGGGAGACAAUGAGCUCGAGAUCACUUUCGAGAGUGCAUAUCUGAAGGGAUGUGCUAUUGUGGAGAAAUAUCCAGAUCAUCACUGGGGAUGCUGGAAUGGUGAUACUUCUAGAUUGGCUGUUCGAAAGGCGCAAUAUCACUGGGGAUGGGAUUGGGGACCAACUCUCAUGACCUGCGGACCGUGGAGACCAAUCAACCUCGAGAUUUUUUCUUCGAGAAUUUCGGAUCUGUACUUCACAAGCAAUGUUAACGAGUCCUUGAAGUCCGCAGAUUUUGUUGCAAAGGCCGAUAUUGAAGGCUCGGCAACUGAGAUCAAGUUUGAUAUCUCAUUGGACGGGAAGGAAGUGGCAUCCAAGACGGUCACGGCCGAGAAAGGUCACGCUUCUCACAAAUUCACGAUUGAUGACCCAGCUCUGUGGUUUCCGAUUCGUUAUGGCAAGCAACCGCUAUAUACAAUCACUGCGACAAUAGUCGAGGGCAAGUCAGAAAUCGACACGCAAAGCAAGAAGUUUGGCCUGAGACGAGCAGAACUGAUUCAGAGACCAAUGAAUGGCCAGCCAGGAACCACUUUCUUCUUCCAGAUCAACAACGUCCCUGUCUUCUGUGGAGGUAGCGACUGGAUUCCAGCCGACAAUUUCAUCCCUCGAAUCAGUAAGGAGAAAUAUUAUGACUGGGUCAAGUUGGUAGCAGACGGCAACCAGUUCAUGAUCAGAGUAUGGGGCGGUGGUAUUUUCGAAGAGCAGGCAUUCUAUGAUGCUUGCGACGAGCUUGGAAUUCUAGUCUGGCAAGAUUUCAUGUUUGGCUGCGGAAACUAUCCUGCUUUCCCGGAGUACUUGACCCUGGUGAAGACAGAGGCUGAAGAGAACGUGAAACUUCUUCGUCAUCAUCCAUCCAUCGUCAUUUGGGCUGGCAACAACGAAGAUUACCAAUACCAAGAGUCAAUGAAGCUUACCUACGACUUUGAGAAUAAGGAUGCGGAGAGUUGGCUCAAGACUGACUUUCCAGCUCGAUACAUCUACGAGAAGAUCCUCCUCGAUACAUGCAAUGAACUUAUUCCAGACACCUUUUACCACUUCGGUAGUCCAUGGGGUGGCAAAGAUACCACGGAUCCUACCAUCGGUGACCUUCAUCAAUGGAAUGUAUGGCACGGUUCCCAGGAGAAGUAUCAAAACUUCGACAAGCUAGUCGGUCGAUUCGUCUCAGAAUUCGGCAUGGAAGCAUUCCCCAACAUCAAAACCAUCGAAUCUUUCCUCCCCCUCGGCAAAGACGAUCCAGACCGCUUCGCCCAAUCCUCAACCGUCGACUUUCACAACAAAGCCGACGGGCACGAACGCCGCAUCGCUCUCUACCUUGUCGAGAACUUCCGCUACGCCCCGGACCCCCUCGAGCAAUUCAUCUACUCCACCCAACUCAUGCAAGCCGAAUGCCUCGCCAGCGCCUACCGCCUCUGGAAACGGCAGUGGAAAGGGCCCGGCAAGGAAUACUGCGGCGGCGCCCUCGUCUGGCAGAUCAACGACUGCUGGCCCGUCACAUCCUGGGCCAUCGUCGACUACUACCUCCGCCCCAAGCACGCCUACUACACCGUCAAGCGCGAGAUGGCGCCCAUCUCCCUCGGCGUCACACGCAAGGAGCAUCUCAUCCCGAAAGAUAAACACACACGCGCUUACAUCGACAAGAAAACCGAGAUCGAAGUCUGGGGCUCGAAUCUCACGCUUGAGGAUAUCACUGCUGAUGUGGUUAUCAAGGCCUUCGACGUCAUAUCCGGCAAGGAAACGUACUCCAAGACCAUCGAGUCCGCUUUCUCCCUCCCCUCCAACCGCAGCACCGAGAUCGCCGCCUUCCCCGUGCCCGUAUCCAACCCAGGCGAUGAGUCACGCACCGUCGUCGCAGCGUACUUGUAUGCAAACGGCGAGCAGAUCGCGCGGUACAUCAACUGGCCGGAGCCGUUGAAGUAUGUGCAUUUGCAGAAACCGAGGGAGUUGAAGGCUGUGCUGAGCAAGGAUGGGAAGUUUGUGGAGGUUAGUGCCGAGGUGCCGGUUAAGGGGGUGGCGGUCGAGUGUGGGGAUGAGGGGGUGAGGUUUGGGGAUAAUUUGGUGGAUCUUGUUCCCGGGGAGGUGGUUUGUAUUCCUGUUACGGGGGCGGGAAGGGAGACGGUGCUGGAGACGAGGUAUUUGGGGAUGGUUUAG